GAGCCAAAGGCAGAAGUCCGAUGCGUUUGUCAGGCAGUACCGAUCCGACCUAAACACCGCGGUCUGCGAAGCCAUUCAUAUCGCUGAAUAUAGGUCAAAAUGGCGAAAUCUUACAGCCGCCUGUCUCAGCCUGCCGCCCCAGGCCAUGACUCUCUUGGUCACGAGACAACUCUAGAGGACCUCCCUUAAUCGACUUAAAAAGGAAGGCGAUUGAUUUGUUCCAGAAAAAUGCCCGUGGACCUAUAUUACGUACCCGGCUCAGCGCCUUGCAGGACCGUCCUGCUCGCUGCCAAAGCACUGAAAGUUGACCUUAACCUGAAACUUGUCGAUCUGCAUCACGGCGAACAUCUGAAACCAGAGUACCUGAAGAUAAACCCCCAACACACGGUGCCCACGCUAGUGGACGACGGGUUCUCCGUGUGGGAGUCUCGUGCCAUCAUCACCUACCUCGCCAACAAGUAUGCCAAGGGCAGCCCCCUGUACCCCGAGGAACCAAAGGCGCGCGCAUUGGUAGACCAGCGGCUAUACUUCGACAUCGGCACACUGUACCAGAGGUUCUCAGACUACUUCUACCCACAAGUAUUCGGUGGCGCGCCGGCCGAUAAAGAAAAGCUGGCUAAAGUGGAAGACGCUCUGAAGCUGUUGGACCAGUUCCUCGAGGGUCAGAAGUUCGCGGCCGGCCCCGCCCUCACCCUCGCCGACCUCAGCCUGGUCGCCUCCGUUUCCAGCAUGGAGGCUUCAGACGUCAACUUCAACAAAUACAACAACAUUAAGAGGUGGUAUGAAACAGUGAAGAUGUCAGCACCUAACUACGAGGAGGCCAACGGCAAGGGUCUCCAGGCCUUCAAGGAACUGGUCAACAACAUGAUGAAGAAGUAA